AAUAAUGUCAAAUGAGAAUUAAGUGAUUUAGAUGUAGGUAACUGAAAAUGAAAUUGUGAAAAGUGAAUGUAGUGAGCUUAAGACUUAAGUCUUAACACUAUAACUUGUAUAACUAUAAAGUAUAACACUAACGCGGUAGUAUUAGCUUAGUAUUAUUAUUAACUGUGGUACUGUACUUUUGUUGUGUAGUGACAUAAGCGUAAAAAUAGAAUUAGACUAAUAGUAUCGCUUCUCAGCCUUUUGGCUAAGAUCGAAGUGUAGUAUCAAAGUGUGUAGACUAAUAGAAGGGGGGUAUAUUAUCGGACUACGGAGUUUCAGAGUCAAAUUACAAAAAACAUCAAUUAAGAUAUAUGAUUACGUGCAUGGAAAAAGCACGAUAAGUGGAUUUUUUAGGAUAACCUAAAAAACACGCCUCUCAACGGCAUCCCUACGGGGGUACUUGAGGCUAAACUCUUCCCCCCCCCCCCAGCUUAUGGCUUACCCAAACGCCUAUGUGUAGUGUUACAUUGUUAAGAACUGCAAUGUCCUGAGUCAGUAAAUGAGUUAUACUAUAGAUUGACUGUUGGCUUGCUCACUUUAGUUUAUGUUAACAUAAAACUCAAUUCUUCUUUACUAAUACUAUCUCUUACAUUUAUACCAUUACCAACCAUCUUCUUUGACCAAGGACAUGUAGACAAAAGUAUAACUAUAAGUAUCUUAUUUUUAAUGAGUGUUCUACACUUGCCAUUGGCAUGUUAAGGUAUGCCUAUGGGAAAAGAAAAUUAAUCUUUUUCCCCCCUCCCUCCAAUAGAACUUAACACAAAACUUGCCCAUGAAUCUGUUUAAUUGUAUGUGCCACCUUACAUUAACAUAUUUUAAAUGUUUUUUGUUGUUUUUUUUUCUAAAGCUUCAAUUUAAAAUACAAAGGAUAGAUUGGAGAAUUUUUUAAAAAAUAUAUUGAUUUCUAAUUUAAGGUAGUCAUGUACAUAACAAGAGAAAGAAUGUAAUGCAAAUGACUAAACAUCAUUGACUUAAAAAGCAAAGGAGUAAAUUAGAAAUAAAUACCUAAGUUUAAAUUUACAGAUACCUAGUAUGGAAGGUUUUAAGGAUUAUAGGAAAACCAGGGAUCUUACUAAAAUGGAAAUCAGAAAGGGCUUAUGAUAAACAGCUGGCUGACAGUGUUAAAACUAACAGCAAAUAUGUUUUUCAUGUAUUUUAAAAGUAAGCUAAAUGUUGAAAUGGUAGUCAGGCCUUUAAGGGAUGCUAAUGGCAAGGUUUGUGUUGAAUACUAAGAUACCUGAGGUUUUAAAUGUUCUUUUAUGUUUUUACAGGAGAAGAGCAUAAUAAUAUUUCUCACUCUGAACAUUCUAUGGAAAGUAUUUGGAUUGAUCUGAAUCAUGUAAAUGCAACUAGGUCAUUUAUUAUGGCCUCAACUAGCUCAGUAAAGAUGCAUAGUGAAUUCCUACAAGUUAUCACAUGGACACAAACAACUGUCAAACCAAAAAUACCAACUAAAACUUAUUAUCUAACUCAGAAGACAGAGAAGAAUAUUGACUAUUCUGAGUGAAGUAUGCAAGAAGAAAAUGAUAGUUUUUGUAAAGCUGCAUAUAAAGUUUUGUCAAUUGUUGAAUGGACAGGAAAAGGGGAUACAACUCUGAAUAACUUUGGAAAUGUUCCUCUACAAGAAAUAAAAGAUGAAAAGGAAAAAUCUAAGUCGUUGAAUAUUAUUGAGAUGUUGAAGACUUGUGAAGAGAGAGAGUCAGAGUUAUUAAAGUUGACUACUGAUAUUCAUCGCUACAGACUGGCAAGAGGAACUACUGAUAUCACACAGUCCUCUGUCUUAGAAGAGAAAAUAAAAAUGAUAACAGAAUUAACCAACCACCUGUCUUCAAUCAUUAGUGAAACCGAUCAACUUCGAUAUAGGCUUCAGCAACCUCUCACAACUGAUGCUGUUAAUAUUCAUGUGUCACAUCACAAAUCAGUUGUAGAGUUCUUCUACACUGCUGUAUCUUUUCUAAAUGAAUUAGAAAAACACUUGGGUGACAUUUUGUGGAUUAGUAGGGUUGAUUGGCAAGCAACACUCAGUCAACAAGCUGAUACACAGUUCAUCACACAAAAACAGUGGGCUCAGAUACAGAGCGCUGUCCAUGCUGUCAAUUUGUUUCGUUCAGCUCUUUGUGGUCUUUAUAAAAAGAAGGUAGACAGAUCAACAGAUGCUACAACUAAUAUAGAAGGAUCAACAGGUGUUACAACUAAUAUAGAAGGAUCAACAGAUGUUACAGCUCAGUCAAAGCUAACAGACAACUCUGAACUGGAUAGUGAUGUGUUUUUGGACUGAAUGCUAAUACACUUACCAAUGCAUAAUACAUGGAUUUUUUUAACACAUAUUUUUGAUACACUGAUAACAUAAAUCUCGUAGAUUAGUAUAUAUAAAAGACAUUAGAAAUGCUGGCAUAUAAUUUUCAAAGAGUAAAUAAAUUUUAUGAAAAAUCCUGA